GCUGCGUGGGCCGAAGUUGAAACAGCUGGAGCGGAGCAGAUAUAGGCAGGAGGGGUCGUUUGCGGCGCGUGGCUAGGCGGGUGUCUCGCUGGAGCCUGGGAGGUCGCUGCUGCUGCUUGCUUCCCGUGAGUGAAAGGGAAGCCAGGACGAGGAAGGGCGGGGGAAAGUUCCUUGUACUUAGGGAGAUCAGUUCCUUAACAGUUACUCCUGCCGUGGUCCAGUUUUCCAUAAUGUAUCAAGAACGGGAUUCAGCUGCGCAAGAGGAUGCAAAUUUGAAGACGAUUGAAGAAGAGUACAAGGAAGCAUUUGUGUUUGUUAAUAAAGCCCUGCAUGCAGAUGAGCUUGGACAGAAGGAAGAAGCAAGGAAUUAUUACAGGCAGGGCAUUGACCACUUGCUCAGGGGAACUAGCGUCCCGUCCCAAGGUCGUGAAUGCACCGGGGACCGAUGGGAGUCUGCUAGGCAAAUGCAGCAAAAAAUGAGAGAGACGCUACAAAACGUUACUGCACGCCUAAGCAUUCUAGAUGAAAAUGCACAGCCUAAACCCAUCGCCAUGUGUCCUCCUAUGGAAACGCCCAGGAUAUACCCAACAAUUCCAGCCAAAGAAAAGCCAGAGAGGCCUCCUGUGCCGAAUUCGCUGAUCACUCCAUCACACCUGGCUGUAGCAGGUGGAAAUGCUGGAAGCCAAGGGCAAGCUGCUGUGAUGAGUCCUUUGUCUGCAAUGUCCAGUGAGGAACCCCCGGCUUAUACACCUGAGGCCACAGGUGGGCACUACACUGUGUCGUACGGGACAGACUCUGGGGAGUUCUCCUCGGUCGGAGAUGAUUUCUACACGAAAUGCACACAGCCUCCUCCUGUUGAGUCGUUAGGGGUAGAUGCUGAUGAACUGAUCCUCAUUCCCCACGGGGUGCAGAUAUUCUUUGUGAGUCCUGAUGGACAAGUGAGCGCUCCCUCGUAUCCCGGAUACCUUCGCAUUGUGAAGUUCUUGGACACUGAUGCAGCAGCGGCCCAGAAUCGCCCCCCUGCUUUCCUUCAGGUUUGUGACUGGCUGUAUCCUCUAAUGUCCAAUCAGUCUCCUGUCCUCUCCUGUAGCACAGGAGUCUACAUGUUCCCUGACUUGAUGUCGCAGGUGCCGGGAUCCUAUGUGGGAGUAGUGUUAUCUUCAGAACUUCCAGCUGCCGACAGAGAACUGUUUGAAGAUCUGCUAAAACAGAUGUCUGACCUUAGAGUGCAGGUUCCAGGAUCCCAUGAGGGACUAGGGUUACCGUCCCAACGCUCAAGAUCUUACAAAGAGGUUUUUGAGGAUCUGUUAAAACAGAGAUCUGAUCUCAGAGCCAAGCCUGCAGAAGCUUCUAGUGAUGCAAUUAACCUGGCUGAGACUGUACGUAUUCAGCCGGCGUCUGAAGAGAGGGAAACGGAGUUACCUGACUGGAGUGAGAAAAUGGCCCAUGGAAUCUUAACAGGAGCAUCCUGGGUAAGCUGGGGCCUGGUCAAAGGAGCAGAAUAUACCGGGAAAGCAAUCCACAAGGGAGCUUCCAAACUAAGGGAGCACAUUCAGCCAGAGGAAAACCCAGUUGAAGUCAACCCAACCGUAGCUAAAGGUCUGCAUGUAGCCAAGCAGGCUACAGGAGGAGCUGUGAAAGUCAGCCAGUUCUUAGUGGAAGGUGUGUGCUCUAUAGCAAGUUGUGUGGGAAGAGAGUUAGCCCCCCAUGUCAAGAAGCAUGGAAGCAAACUGGUUCCAGAAUCCCUUAAGAAAGACAAAGAUGGAAAAUCUACUUUCGAUGGUGCUCUGGUUGUUGCAGCAAGUGGUGUUCAAGGGUUUUCAACAAUAUGGCACGGUUUGGAAAGCGCUGCAAAGUGUAUUGCUAAAAAUGUGUCUAAAGAGACGGUUCAGACUGUCAAGUACAAAUUUAAAAGUAGGGGGAAAAGAGAUGAGUCUUCAGUUGCCACUAAGAGUGAAAAGCAAUAAGUAACUUGCAGUUAUCUCCAACUAACUAAUGAUUCAAGUAUUCACCCCAUCUCCUGCUAUGCUGUCACAUUUUAAGAAAACACAUCCUAAUGAAAUUAGUAGACUUUUUCUUCCAAGACAAAAGGCCACUUCAAAAAUCUAUUGCAUACAAGGGGAUUGUGGUUUACUUUAAGAUGUGUGCAAUGAACCCUAGUAGUAUUUUCAUUAGCAUAGCAGAUGCACCUCGUAUAUAUUAUCAUUUUUACUGUGUUUCUCAUAAUAGGCAGCUUAUGUUUUUUAAGUGUGUGUACACUCUGUGAAGAAGUUUGGUAGUUUUAGGUCACAAUAAUAAUGCAUACCUAGCAAAAUGAUCUUCAACCUGGAAGAUCCCAACCCUCUACAAAUCCUAAACUCUGGGCAUUUAAAAGGGUCCAGAAAUCUUGCAAUGCUAAUUGUUCACUAACAAUAAAUAGCUGCACUAGAAUAUGAGAAACAAGCUCCAAAUGUAUUGCAUUGCUGCAAAAUAUUUUAAGUUCUUGGCACUUUUUAUAUCCACCUGCAUUCAAUAAAUAUUUUUAUCAUGUAAACUCCUGCCCACUGUUGGUUCUGCAUAGUUUUGAGAUGGUGUGAAUACUCUUGUUCCUUUUGGCACAGCUUGACUCAGUUUUGCUUUCUUCUAAUAUGGGUGUUUAUGGCUAAUGUCAUGGGGAAACUAACAAAAAUGAAAAUCUUUUGCUGUCCAAUUAAUUUUAUCAGAUUUGUUGUGUUUGGCAAAUAAUUACCAAGGCUGCUAUGCUGUCACAUUUUAAGAAAUAUAGUAUUAGAGAUUCUUUUUCAUUCAGUUUUAAUGUGUGUUCUGAAAUAGGCAGAUUAAAUACUGUGUUUGGUCAAGACCUGUAUUGAUUAUGCCAACAGCAAUCAAUGUUUCAAAGGGAGACUUCAGUCUUUUGGCUUUAAAAUUUAAUUGGCCACUCUAGUAGAUUAGCAAAGAAUAGCUUCAGCAUUUUUGUAUACAGUAUUGUUACUCUUUUGCAGCUAGUUAACAUGCAGGAUUUGAGCGUUUUAAGUAGUAGGCUGUAUUAUUCCCCUGUUUGGUUACUUUUUUUUAGAAUUGUUUGCAUUUUUUUUCAUAUGUAUCAGAAGUCCCCUGUGCAUAGUUUAUCCCAGAGUGACAUGUGAAUAAAACUUAAGCUCGGCAGGAUUCCUUAAUCAUCAAUCCCAGCUGAUAAAAUGCUUUCUCUAAUACAGGCAUAGGCAACCUUGGCUCUCCAGAUGUUUUGGAACGACAACUCCCAUGAUCCCUAGCUAACAGGGCCAGUGGUCAGGGAUCAUGGGAGUUGUAGUUCCAAAACAUCUGGAGAGCCAAGGUUGCCUGUGCCUGCUCUAAUACAUCACUGAAAUGGGGUUGAAAUACCUGCUUAGUUCUUCCCAACCAGAGGGAAAGUUUAUCCUCGUAUAAUUGUGGAAAUUGAGUAACUAAAUAUCAAGGGAAAUAGCUUUGUCCAGCCAUCAUUUACACAUAUACUGAGAACUUAAAAGUGAACUUUGAGCGUCGUACAGGGCCACUCUCAACUGUUUUGUAAUUUCAGGUUGGGUUGUUGGGAGAUUCUUAAUUUUUUUCAGGGCAAAAAUGUAGAUUUUCAGACUUAUUUUUACAAUAAAAUUAUUAACUUAUUUUUAAAAUUCUUAACAUUUUAACAGCAGUACUUUAACUAUUGUAGGGAUAACCUAUUGAACCUGGAGCUUUUAAACCUCUCUUUGUCACAGAGCACGUGUUUUAGUUAGCAGCUUUAGCAAAAAUAAAUAAAUCUGUUUUACAUGGUAAUUCUGGGGAGACGAAAGCUUUAUCUAUCUACCAAGUGUAAGCACAACUUAGGAAUUUGCAUUGAAGGCCAAGUAAAAACUGAAGCAAGAGACAAAAACUGGGACAGACUAGCAGCCCUAAAACGUUAAGAUUGUUUUCGCUAAUCUUCUGUGCUUUGGAAAGAUUUCAAAAGUGAAUCAAGCCAGUCUGUAUGCUGAUUUCAGGUUUUCCAAAUUAAAUUUAAGCAGCUACUUGGGAAUGAGGGCAUGCACACAAAGAUUAAACAACAAUAAUAGCAUUCGUGUACACAUGAGGAAACUCUCCAUUGACAUGUUCCUUAUUUGCAUUAAGGUACGGGGAUGAUGCAGGCGAUGCUACCGACAACGCAGUGAGUUCUGCUAUCAAUGUUGGUGUGGCAGCUUUCAAUAUCGACAACAUUGGAAUCAAAGCUAUAGUGAAGAAAACUGCAAAGGAGACAGGCCAUGCUGUGUUGG